AUGCAGCCCCCGCAGGACUGCGCGGGCAGCGGAGCGUUCCCUGGCGCGCCGGCCCUGCCGAAGUCCGAGCUUGGGUGUCUCGGGAGGAGGCAGGAGCUCAAUCGCAUCGGUGGGUCCGGCCGUCAGAAGCAAAUUCACGCUCCUCUGGGCUCGCCAUGCCUCUGCGGCCUCCCAGCCAAGAACUUCCGCUGUGACUGUGGAAAUAGCAAGUUCAAAAAUCUGCAGUGCAAGUUACUCCCAGAAAAGAGCAAGGUGAAUUCAGGAAAUAAGUAUAAUGACAAUUUCUACGGAUUGUACUGUACUUGUAAAAGACCAUAUCCAGAUCCUGAAGAUGAGAUUCCAGAUGAGAUGAUCCAAUGCAUAGUUUGUGAAGACUGGUUCCAUGGAAGGCAUCUGGGUGCAGUUCCCCCUGACAGUGGAGACUUCCAUGAGAUGGUGUGCCAAGCCUGCAUGAGCCGCUGCCAUUUCCUGUGGGCCUACGCAUCACAAUUGGCAGUUCCUGCUUUGACCAAAGUGAACUCUCUCGAAGAUGAAGGGAUUGUCCUGAACGUUGAGGAAAGUGAAGAGCAGAAAAAAGAAAUUAAAAAAGAAAGUGCAGUGGAACACCAAGAAACAAAGAAGGAAAAGCAAAUGGAACAGUUUAAUGAACCAUCCACUAGUUCUGGGUCUGCUUGUCCAGAGGUAGUUACUAAGAGUGAGGAGCCAGUCUGCAAGCUGAAAGAACUCCAAAGCAAGCAAUAUUUAAAAAAAGAUACUGCCACCUUUUGGCCAUCGAACUGGAGAAGCAAAUUAUGCACCUGUGGAGACUGUUUGAAAAUGUACUCAGAGCUUGAAGUCCAGUUCCUGACAGAUGAAUGUGACACUGUUUUGGCUUACGAAAAUAAAGGUACCAGUGACCAAGAAACAGAGAGAAGAGAUCCUUUAAUGGACACCCUUAACAGCAUGGACAGAGUCCAGCAAGUGGAACUUAUCUGUGAAUACAAUGAUUUAAAGACAGAACUGACAGACUAUCUCAGGAAAUUUGCAGAUGAGGGAACGGUGGUUAAAAGAGAAGACAUUCAGCACUUCUUUGAAGAAUUUCAGUCACGGAAAAGACGGCGGACAAACAGGAUGCAGUACUACUGUAGUUAGACUGAGAGGGCCUGGGUCUGAAAGGAGAACUAGGAAAACAGUAUUGGUUGGUGAACUGAGGAGGCAUCUUCAUUAUUUGGCUUCUAAUGGAAAUGCAACUGUCCAAGAAACGUCUUCAUUUUGUCUUAUGCUUCCUUAUUUGUAGCGACUGAAAUGCAUUCUUAAUAGGUACUUUUGAUUUGUAGGGAUU